AUGGACCAUUGCCUUGUGCGUUGGUUCCAAUCGUCUCCUCCUUCCUCCCUCCUGCCCCGCAACCUCCCUGCAGGCGGCGAUGCCCCAACAACCUCAGGAACUCCUCCAUCACCCCUUCCGUGGUGUGUGACAGCAUGUUGCCGUGCCGUGUGCUUCCAACACCAGCAGCGCGCCGGUGUUCUGAGCAAGGAGGAGAUUGCGAAGCUGAAGAAGCUGGCUCAGGAAAAAAAGGCGGCAGCCGUGGCUGCCAAGAAGCAGAAGAUGGAAGCCAAGCGGGCGGCAGUAGAGGAGAAGUCGAAGCAGCGGGUGGCGAAAAACGCUGCGAUUGAGGCGAAGAUCCAAGUGAAGGAGGAGAAAGAGGCGGCGAAGAAAGAGAAGGAUGCUGCUUUUGCUGCAAAGAAGGCUGCAGUUGAAGCCAAGAAGAAGCAGCAGGCUGAGAAGGAAGCUGCGAUCGCUGAGAAGAAGCGCAAGCAGGAGGAGAAGGCUGCUGCAAUUGAGGCUAAGAAUAAGAAGGAAGCCGAGAAGAAGGUGGCUAUUGAGGCCAAGAAGAAGCAGGAGGCAGAGAAUGAGGCAGCGAUCGCUGAGAAGAAGAGGAAGCAGGAGGAAAAGGCUGCUGCUAUUGAGGCUAAGAAGAAGAAGCAGGCUGAGAAGGCGGCAGUGAUUGCAGCCAAGAACAAGACAAAUACUAAGUAA